AUGCCGCCCAAGGGAAAGACGAAUCUCCUCGCCGCGCGCAUCAAGCGCGUGAUGCAAAAGGACGAGGACGUGGGAAAGAUCGCCGGCCCGGCGCCGAUCGUCAUGGGCAAGGCGUUGGAAUUAUUCGUCAAGCAGCUCGUGACGACGGCGAACGACGUCGCGGUGCUGCACGGGAGCAAGACGGUGAACGGGAGUCACCUGAAGGGCGCGGUGGCGAUGGUGCCCGAGGCGUUCGAUUUUUUGAGCGACAUCGUGGAGAAGGCGAAGGAUUUGGGACCGCCGCCGGAUCUGCGC